AUGAAGCCCAUUCUCGCUCUUGCAAUUACUCUGGCUUUGGCGGAAGCGUCUACACUGAAUGUUCACAACCGUUGUGGCUACAGGAUUGAUGUGAUUCGCACCGAAAACAAUGUUCAACCUGUCCUACAUUGUCAGCUGGGACCAAACCAGUACUGCACAGCGCAAUUUGGAGGCAGAAGGGGAAUGAAUUUCAAGAGUGGAUGGGGAGGUAAGUGAGAUUCCAGUCUGUCCAGAAAACAAUCAGCAAAUUUGGGAAAAUACCAGUGGGACUCAUAUCAGGACAAAAUGAGCCUUCGUAUAACCUCAUAGUGACCUGAUCCGGUGGCAAAAAACGUACCAUUUCGUAUCUGGAAAGUAUCAAAAAAUGCAGCAAAAUUCCUCCUUUUCCAGGUAAAAAACUCAGGGGCCUGUUUCACUAACAUAAAAAUAAAUAAAUGAGAAGUAGGGGGGAGCGAGAGAGCAUCGAAAACGCGUUUGCGGGCAAGAGAAACCGGACGAAAAGCAGAAGUAGCCUACUUCUCUUUCGGAGUGACUUUUUGCGUCCAAAACCGGGGUUGGCGGCGGAAUUUUGGCCAUAACUUUUUUCUCAAUUGGUAUAGGAACACCCUUCAAAAAAUCAAAUAAAGCUGACGGUUGAGGCUACAACAUAUCCAAAUUUUGUUGCUUUAUUUUCAAGAGUAGAUUAGUUAUAUAGCUUAAAGUAAAGAGUACAUUUACACUAAAGAAAUAAAAUGUUUUAUUUCUCGGUCGAUUUCAAAAUUUAUAAGCAAUAUUUUAUACCAGUCGAUAGCCCAUCUUUUUUUCCAUGAGGCUUUUUUAGAGGGCCAAUUGUAGGUCUUAUUAUGGCUGAGUUAUGGCAAAUUUACCUCCAUUUUUGUCAUAAAAAGAGCCCUCAAAUCAAAGGAAGAGGAAAAGUUCGCUCAUUUCGGAACGACUUUUUAUGGUCAAAAAUGGAGGUUACCUUGAUUUAAUUGCCCGUAACUCUAUCAGUUUAUGAUAUAUCGCCACCCCUCAAAAACAUAAUGUAGUUAAGAAACGGCUCUACACACUGAUAUGCAAUUUGUAAUUAUUCUUAUAAAAGUUGGUGAGAAAAAUUCGUUUUUAUUCCGCGAAGAAGAAAAAACGAGAUGGUUGGCCGUACUACUGUAAAAUUAGCGGUCCAUCGGGCUAUAAAAGAAAUUCAAAACACAUAUUGUUUAAAACUACUUAAAAAAUUCUAUGUGUUGUUUUUCGGAGGGUUUCAAUCCGAAAAGUUUUACCCAAGUUAUCGGGAUUUUAAGCUAAAAUUUAGUCGAUUUUCUCAAAAAUUAAAGCACGCGUACUUUACGAUUUUUUUAAGGACGGGUUUUGGCACCACAGCAAUGAAAAUAACCUUGGUGAAAGCUGAAACUGUCAGCUUCAUUCUAAAUUUUGAAGGGUGUUCCUAGACCAACUGAGAAAAAAGUUAUAGCCAAAAUACUGCCGCGAACCGCGGUUUUGGACGUAAAAAGCCACUCCCGCAAAAGUAGGCUACUUCUGCUUUUCGUCCGGUUUCUCUCGCUCGCAAACGCGUUUUCGAUGCUCUCUCGCUCCCCCCUACUUCUCUUUUAUUUAUUUUUAUGUUAGUGAAACAGGCCCCAGAUUUCGAAAGCGCGCCCGCUCUUUUUAUGAGGGACGCUUCUAAACGAAGUUUUUUCGCUUGGAGAAGGAGGAAUUUUGCUACAUUUUUGAUACGUCCCGGAUGCAAAAUGGUACGUUUUUUGCCACUGGAUCAGGUCACUGUCAUUUUUUAUUGUUACAUAUUCUGGAUCAGAAAAAUCUUGCAAUUUUUUUUGAUGUAUGUCUCGAUCUGUUAGUCCAUACCCCAUAGAAGUACUUUCAUUGUAACAUAAAUAUGUACGUUUAGGUCCGCCACUGUUGACUUAUUGAACUAAGGUUAAUCUUUUAAUAUUUAAUGACCAUGACAAUGUCGAAUAACAAUAGCAAUCGGGAUUAUAUACUGGUUGACAAAAUUUUCUUUCCACCUCAUAUCUCGGGAACCGCUGGGCCUAGAACCUCCAAAUUCGGCAUAGAAACAUCCUAGGACAGUCUAACACCAUGCCCAAAAAAUCAUUUCAUUUGAUGCACUUUACAUGCCCUUUUUCCAAAAAAGGCAAAAACCCGGAUGACAAAAUUUUCUUUCCACCUUGGAAAAAACGUUUGUAACUCAUAAGCCAGAGGGUUUUAAGGCAUGAUUGUGGUAUCGUUGUGUUCGCGAAGAAGUCCUCUCUCGAUUGGUGUCACAACCUUACGGGGGUUUUCGUUUCUUCGCCCUUGGGCGUCGGCUCAUCGUUGCCUUGUCCAUUUUCAGCCAAAUUCGUGGCCAGAGGAGCUCGCAUAAGGCAUAAGGAGAUGAAAAUGCCCUUAAAAAAUCUGGCAUUCGUGUUUGCAACAUUGUUUCCUCCGGCAGUAGAAUUCGAUUUAAUUUAAGUGCUUUGCAGGGGAAAACGCGCGCUUCCAGGGUUCUCGUUUCCAGAAAAUUACGCUAUUAUGGGAACACUGCGGAUAAUUCACGUAACUUUUCCUGCUUAUAUAUUUUCUAUGAUACUACAGAGUUAAAAAAUAGUGACGAUUUUAAUCACUGACGUCGCGCUUAGAUGUGAGCAGAAGAAAGGUUCCAAAUGCCCCAUGUACAAAAUUUGCGACUCUAAGCUUCCUGCGAAAGCUAUUCGUCGUGGAAAAAACGUUGAAGGUCUGUCAAGGUCAAUGUAUUUAAGUAGUCUGGUAGCCAAAAGUCCCAAUAUACCAAGCUUAAGUAAUGCCAAGGCCUAGUGCAACAACCUGCGUUACUUGAGACGACAUAGACCAGAGAGGGGUAAGAUAAGCGGGCAGAUUUCAACACAUGCUGUCGUAUAAGCCCUAAAGUACGCCGUAUGUAUAGCGAAUGGAUGUAAUUUGGACGUUCCCAUUCUGUACAGAAGUGAUUCUUCGGUUUUGCGCACCCAGGCAGCGCUCAUUUUCCCCUGCAACGCACUUAAAUUAAAUCGAAUUCUACUGCCGGUGGAAACAAUGUUGCAAACAUGAAUGCCAGACUUUUUAAGGGCAUUUUCAUCUCCUUAUGCCUUAUGCGAGCUCCUCUGGCCACGAAUUUGGCUGAAAAUGGACAAGGCAACGAUGAGCCGACGCCCAAGGGCGGAGAAACGAAAACCCCCGUAAGGUUGUGACACCAAUCGAGAGAGGACUUCUUCGCGAACACAACGAUACCACAAUCAUGCCUUAAAACCCUCUGGCUUAUGAGUUACAAACGUUUUUUCCAAGGUGGAAAGAAAAUUUUGUCAUCCGGGUUUUUGCCUUUUUUGGAAAAAGGGCAUGUAAAGUGCAUCAAAUGAAAUGAUUUUUCGGGCAUGGUGUUAGACUGUCCUAGGAUGUUUCUAUGCCAAAUUUGGAGGUUCUAGGCCCAGCGGUUCCCGAUAUACGAGGUGGAAAGAAAAUUUUGUCAACCAGUAUACAUCAUAAAUGGUCUAGGCGGCUUUAUUGACACUAUAUCUUUAAGCCACAGAAAAUUGAUCCCCUGGCUUUUGCGACUUUCUUCUCAAUUAUCAAUACCUCCCCCUGCACAUAUAUUCCUAUAAAAAGCUUCAUAAAAAAUGAGUUGUGAAGCCUAUACACUCCUCGCUUUAGGCCUCACACUUGCCGAGUUCUCCUUCGAGAAUGGAGAUGGUAAUGAUUACUAUGACUUGAGCGUAAUUGUUGGAUUUGACGUGGGCAUGACGCUUCGGUCUUCAGACGGCACAAACUUACGAUGCUAUGAGCGGUAAGAAUUGUCUCUAAAAAUUGGAGAUUUCCUCUUCUUUAUGAAUACAAGUCAUUUAGGGGCUGCCCGGAUGCCUACCAGUAUCCCGGAGACAAUAGCAAGACUCACGGAGUGAGAACUGGAGGCACGUUCGACUUGUACUUCUGCUGA